GCGACUCCUGUGUUUGAUGAAAUGGCGAAGAUUGGUGACUUAAAAUCAUUUCUUGAAUCUUCGUUAAAUGAGAUCUUCCGCGCGACUGUCAGUGAUAUUCUGAAUUCAGUGGAUCAGAGUCUGGCGGAAUAUCAGCGCAAAAUCCAGCAGAUUGAGUCCGAAAAUGAAGAUCUGAGGAAGCGACUGUGUGCAAAAGACAAAAGGCCAAAACGUAUGAAAACAACAGCUCAGUUUGACUGUUCAAGAAAUGAUUUCACUCAAGAUCUGUUUCCGUCUGCUCAUACGAGUGAGUACAGACUUGAAACUAAGAUCAGUGGAGAUUUACUGAACAGCUGCCUAAAAUCACAAACCGCAGAUGUCGGAGUGCAUCGGUUCAGCAAAGAUCAGUCAACGACGAUAGUGACAUUCGUGAAAACCGACCCUGAGGAUGGAUGUGCUAUUGACCUCUCGAAUCUUCACACGUCUCUUAAAUACAUGGAUAAAGAAAUCAAGACUGAGAAUUCAGAUGAAGACUUUAAAUGUUGCUCUGAAUUUAAAUCUCCAGUGAGUGGCAUAAAGGUAAGUGUAGUGUCAGACAGUGCUGAUGAAGAUGGUAGUAACCACAGCAGAGAUACUAAACCAGUGGAUGAAGAGCAGCAGUUCACUGAGACAAAGAUAGAAGUGUCAAGUCCAGACGGACAGUCGGGAGAGGGUUUUCCUGGAAAAUUACAGAUAACAGAAUCUCCCCCAAACUCGCAAGGAUUAGACCCAAGUCUGAAUUAUCCCUGCAGUCAGUGUAGUAAGACCUUCAAGCAUGAAGCAUCACUCAACAUUCACUUGAGAUCGCACAGCUCAGAGAAGCAGUACGUCUGCAGCCUAUGCGGCAAGGGUUUCGACCGCGCCGAUAUCUUUAAAAACCACGAGCGCACGCACACUGGAGAAAGACCCUUCAUCUGUGACGUGUGCGGAAAGAGCUACGCCUACAAGGGCCUGCUGCGCACGCACAAGAGAACUCACACAGGUGAGAGGCCGUAUGGUUGCUUGCAGUGCGGCAAACGAUUCAACGAACUCAACCAGCUCAAAGUGCAUUCGCGGACUCACACGGGUGAAAGGCCGUUCAGCUGCACUGAGUGUGGCAAAAGCUUCACCCACGACAGCAGUCUGAGGACCCAUCGGCGACUGCACACUGGAGAGAGGCCGUACUGCUGCAGCCAGUGCGGCAAGAGAUUCAAUGCUAUGGGCGACCUGAAAAACCACCUCCGGAUCCACACGGGCGAAAAGCCGUACCAAUGCGAACGGUGUACGAAGACCUUCAGCCAGGCCGGACAUCUGUCCAUCCACAUGCGCAUGCACACUGGAGAGAGACCGUACAGCUGCGACGAGUGCGGCAAACGCUUCACGGUGACCAGCAGCCUCAAACUGCACCAGUUAACUCACACGGGUGAAAAAAUGCACAACUGCUCACACUGUGACAAGAGCUUCAGGAGAGCAUGCCACCUCAGGAGACAUGAGCUAGUGCACACAAAAGAGAAACCCUACUGCUGUUCAUAUUGUGACAAGAGGUACUACGAUCAGUCGGCAUUAAAGAGACACCUGAAAGUUCACACAACGGACAAGAUGGACAUGCAGAAGAGUAAAGACAAUUGUGAUGCUGCUCGAGUCAUAAUGCAAUAGUGCACACUAGUGAGGGGAUUCAAGAGUAGUGUUAAUUUUACAGAACAAUACUUAUUGUUCAGGACCCAUAUUCACAAAGAUUUUUAUCUUACCGCUUAUAGUUAGGAGUUUUUGCUUAAAACCUAUUCACAAAACCGCUAAGAGCAAGUUUUAGUUAGGAAAUUUUAAGAUAAGAGUAAGGCGGAGUUGACCUUGUUGCUAUGGGUGAUAUCAUGUUUUAUCGCGCUCUUUUAAAUCGCCCUCAGUGAUUGGUAGACAGGGAACAGCUAUUUGUCAGCUUGACAGACAAUGAUAUAUACAGUAAAUAAAGGAUAGAUAAAUAGAUACAGUUGAAGUCAGAAGUUUACAUACACUUAGGUUGAAGUCAUUAAAACUGAUUUUUUUAACCACUCACAGAUUUCAUAUUAGCAUACUAUAGUUUUGGCCAGUUUUUAGGACUACUUUGUUCAUGGCAUGAGUAAUUUUUCCAAAAGUUGUUUACUGACAUUGUUUCACUUUUAAUUGACUAUAUCACAGUUCCAGUGGGUCAGACGUUUACAUACACUAAGUUAACUGUGCUUUUAAGCAGCUUGAAAAAUUCCAGAAAAUUAUGUCAAGCCUUUAGACAAUUAGCCAAUUAGCUUCUGAUUGGCUAAUUGGAGUCAGUUGGAGGUGUACCUGUGGAUGGCCUACCUUACAACUCAGUGCCUCUUUGCUUAACAUCAUGGGAAAAUCAAAAUAAAUCAGCCAAGACCUCAGAAAAAAAAUUGUGGACCUCCACAAGUCUGGUUCAUCUUUGAGAGCAAUUUCCAAAUGCCUGAAGGUACCACGUUCAUCUGUACAAACAAUAGUAUGCAAGUAUAAACACCGUGGAACCACGCAGCCAUCAUACCGCUCAGGACGGAGACACAUUCUGUCUCCUAGAGAUGAACGUAGUUUGGUGUGAAAAGUGCAAAUCAAUCCCAGAACAACUGCAAAGGACCUUGUGAAGAUGCUGGAGGAAACAGGUAGACAAGUAAAUCCACAGUAAAACGAGUCCUAUAUCGACAUAAUCUGAAAGGCUGUUCAGCAAGGAAGAAGCAACUGCUCCAAAACCGCCAUAAAAAAGCCUGACCACAGUUUGCAUGUGCACAUGCACAUUUUGGAGAAAUGUCUUCUGGUCUGAUUAACUGACAUAAUGACCAUCGUUAUGUUUGGAGGAAAAAGGGUGAGGCUUGCAAGCUGAAGAAAACCAUCCCAACCGUGAAGCAUGGGGGUGGCAGCAUCAUGUUGUGGGGGUGCUUUGCUGCAGGAGGGACUGGUGCACUUCACAAAAUAGAUGGCAUCAUGAGGAAGGAAAAUUAUGUGGAUAUAUUGAAGCAACAUCUCAAGUCAUCAGCCAGGAAGUUAAAGCUCGGUCGCAAAUGGGUCUUCCAAAUGGACAAUGACCCCAAGCAUACCUCCAAAGUUGUGGCAAAAUGGCUUAAGGACAACAAAGUCAAGUUAUUGGAGUGGCCAUCACAAAGCCCUGACCUCAAUCCGAUGGAAAAUUUGUGGGCAGAACUGAAAAAGCGUGUGCGAGCAAGGAGGCCUACAAACCUGACUCAGUUACACCAGUUCUGUCUGGAGGAAUGGGACAAAAUUCCAGCAACUUAUUGUGGGAAGCUUGUGGAAGGAUACCCAAAAUGUUUGACCCAAGUUAAACAAUUUAAAGGCAAUGCUACCAAAUACUAACAAAAUGUAUGUAAACUUCUGACCCACUGUGAAUGUGGUGAAAGAAAUAAAAGCUGAAAUAAAUAAUUCUCUCUACUAUUAUUCAGACGUUUAUAUAUUUAAAAUAAAGUAGUGAUCCUAAAUGACAGGGAAUGUUUUCUAUGAUUAAAUGUCAGGAAUUGUGAAAAACUGAGUUUAAAUGUAUUUGGCUAAGGUGUAUGUAAACUUCUGACUUCAACUGUAGAUAGAUAGAUUUAUUUUUUUAGGAUGAUGAAGAUUUCUUCAUCCUGUGUUGAUGUAAUGAAACGAGCAUGAAUCCCGUCAACAGCAUCAAAAUACUAUGUAGCCCUGCAAUUGCAGUGAUUCCCUGUGAAUGCCCCCUUUUUUCUCUGUAGUGAGCGCACAUCCACAGGAAAAAAAUACGCCAUGAAUUGUUGGAUGAUGUGUGGUCUGGAGAGGGCAUAUAUAUAUUUUGCUAGAUUAUUCUGCUGAUGGACGACAGAAAUUCCCAAU